CGGCAGUCAGUCGAACAAUUUUCUCGAGAUUCUUUACUGAGCCUAUGGAAAAAACUGCAGCGUUCUUUUGAAUGGGAAUUAUACAAAGAAAAAGUUAAAAUUCGAUAUUUAAAAUACUAAAUAGUUGUAGUGGAAAGGCGGCACGAUAGAUUGGUAUAUAAAUUGCGGCAUAAAUUUCGAAUUUAAAGCGAAACAAUUGGAUUUGAAAAAAUUCAAAGGAAAAUCUUGAGCUGUGAAAAUUUUGUGUGUGGUGUGCUUAUAGUGGGGUGUGUUUCUGUGUGUACUAUAGUUAAGUCCAGAUAGUGCGGAAGGGUAGUAAGUAAAAUUCCUACCGAGCAAAGGGUGCAGAUUCUCAGAGUUGUACCAUCGGAGUAUAUUAUAGAAAUAAAGGAACUCCUAUUUUAAGGUGGGGGCAGUGUUCGACAGAGUGUGAAUGAACGACGCGUACCGAGUGUUUCUCCUCUGUGACCUAUUAUUGGCGGCGUCGCGAGGCCUGCAGUUAACGCAAAAUUGAAUUUUCCCAAACACCUACAAAAACAAAAGCAAGUAAUAACGGGGGAGAACAACAACGAAUAGCAAAAGUAUCAACACGAAUUGUUACAUGGUCAAAACAAAUCGACAAAAGCGAAAGUGACGACAUCAAAGCGAGCGUCACGACAAACAUAACAACAUCACAAGGGGGGGGGCAGUAACGACACUGAACGGAAGGUGAAUUUUUCUACAAUAAAAACGUAGUGGGCGGCGGUGCUAAUGCAGUGGUGUGGAAGUUGGCACAAUCAUUUGCUCUGUUUCUACUGUACACUGUGAGAAAACCAACAGCCGUUACGCCUCACUACUGAUUGUAAGGCAAGGGAAGUCGCGGUACGAGCGGUGGCUUGAGGUUAACGCGAAGCUCAAAUACUAAGCACACCGAUUACAUUUUAACAAAUACAUAAAAUUUGCGUGUAAUUAAACUUACGUGCAUAACGAGUUGGUAUAACUGGAAUUAUAUACCCAGGAAAAAAAAAAAAAAAAAAAAAUCAGUAUGAAAAUGUAAACAAACGUUACAAUAAAAAUUAUACGAGUCGAUUCCACUCGUUAGAAGUUACAAAAUAUAACAAUCAGCAGUGGACUUGAUUUGAUAUCAAAAUCCAACGCUGUUAAAUAAACAGCUUCAAGCCAUUUCUAACAAACUAAAAAGUCUGUAACUAUAAAAAUAGCAUAAUACAAUCACUGCAGCACCAGUGAGGCAGUGACAUCAGUUAUGUCCUCGUGUAAUUCAACUGCAGACCUUUACUUACGUCCGCUGCCUUUUCUUGAUGCUAAAUGGUUACGCGCCGAUCUUAUCGCCAGCCUGCGCAACGUCGAAGAUGCCGCUGUGCUUUGGAAUAAUCUUAUACAGGAUUGCGAAUUAGUCUCAUCACCGGCAGCUCAUGUUCUGAACGCUGCAGGCCACCUAUCUUACCUGGGCGACGAUGGGAAACAUUACUGUGGCGUGCAAAAGCUGCAAUGCUCUUGCUGUCCGCUGGACUAUUGCGGACCACUAUCUGCGUGUAACUGCCCCGCAUGUCGUACUCUCGAUUCGGACUCCGCUAUCAAGAAAAUGACUACAGCUGUGCAGAAUGCUGCCGCUAACCGCAUCUCAUCAGAAGUUAUUUUCGAGUCGUGGUUAUGGGGCCAGUGUCCCAACACAGCUGUCAAACUCAAUUGCCAAAAUACGCUGUUGGCUGAGCUGCACGACAUCUCGUUGCAGGCGGCAGGCAACUGCCUCUCUUCAAUACAUUUGCGCCAACAGCUAUUAAUCUACGAACGCUAUUUUGUUGCGCUAUCACGCUGGAAGCAAAAACAAGAGCUGCAGUGUCCCAACAUCGGAAUGCCGAGCAGUAUUGCUUCAACGGCUGCGGAAAAGUGUAAAUUCAAUGAGGAUCAACGAAGUGGUGUUAAUAGCGGUAUGUGUCCUAUGCGAGCACGAGAAAUGAACUACCUUGCAACGAGUAAAUUGCGACAUUUUUCAACAGUGGACGUGCCAUCGCCUAUAAAAGAAAAUGAACGAGCCACAUUGGGCUUAGCACGUGUAGGCACACGCGCAGCUCUAAAUUUUUCGUUUGCAUUCUUGCGGCGUGCCUGGCGAUCUGGAGAGGACACUGAAAUGUGCAGUGAGCUUCUUAGUGAAGCAUUAGAAUCGCUGCAAGAUCUGCCGGAAGCUUCGCUAUUCGAUGCUACACAGGUGUCAACCUUGUGGAUUGAAGUGCUGGAGCGCUCUAUCAAAUUUCUGCGACAAGUGGCACUUGGUGAUCCUCUGGGCGGCCGUUGUACAGCACCGCGCGAAGACCGUCACACCGCUUUGUGCUUGUUACUAGAGCUGGGUGCACAAAAAGGCACACUCGCAGCAACAUUAGAAGCCAUUGUGCUGCUACUAACGCUAUGGGAAAAAGAGAAAGAGACAGAUGACAACCGCGAUGCGCCACAGAAUACCGGUGCCCCUCUGGUACCCAUUUUACGGCGCUAUGAAUACAUUGGAAACUAUGGUAUCAAUAACACCUCAGAAGCAUCACUUGCGAGCGCCACAGAGUCGUUCCUACGCUUUCUCACACUACCCGAUGAAGACACCACCAAUGUAGACUUGAAGCAGGCCGCAGUAGUCAUUAUUUCGCAUCUCGAUCGUCUGGCCAAACCACACUUGCCAACUAGCACGACAACCGCAAUUUUGCCUUCUCGGACAAUGCAGUCAACGAAACCUCCACUACAUGCACAAGCUUCACAGGAAAGUAUUUCGGCUGCCACAACACCGCAACUACAUGAACAGCGCAUAUAUGCACUUGGUUGGCUGUCGUUAUGCCACGAUCAAUAUGGUUUCACUGCAGAACCAGCCGUGGGUCUAUCAAUGGCGGGAAGCUCCUUCUCUGGCGCACACUAUCCGGCGCCUGUGCUGAAUUUCUAUUUCCAGGUAAAGCAAGUCGCGUUCUCGGAGGAAUAUGUGCUCUUCCUUACUCACGAAGGCAAAAUGUACACCUGGCGCACCGCCAAACCAGAGACAGAGCCUAUGCUUAUCGAGGAAAUGACUGAUGUGCAGGUGACAGCUGUGGCGGCGCAUUGUGAAGGGCGUCACUUCAUGGCUGUGGACAGUAUGGACAAUGCUUACUCAUGGGGCUGCGGCGAGGGUGGUCGUCUCGGCCAUGGUGACUCACUACUGCGCGAACAUCCAACUAAAAUCCAAUCCCUAGAGCCUGGCGUGAAAUCGGUUUACUGUGGUUGCACCUACAGCGCCGCCAUCACCAUGGAUGGCAACCUUUAUACCUGGGGGCGUGGCACAUAUGGUCGCCUGGGCCAUGGCAACUCUGAUGACAAACUUUUACCAACACAUGUGCACGCUUUACGGGAAUAUAGUAUCAUCGAUGUGGCGCUGGGUAGCGGUGAUUCUCACACACUUUGUUUAACCGUAGAAGGUUUGGUUUUUGCGUGGGGCGAUGGGGAUUAUGGCAAGCUAGGAAACGGUUCAUGCAAUGGUUCCCAAGUACCGUUGCUAAUCGAAACCUUGCCACUAAUUAAGCGAGUGUAUGCCGGUUCGCAAUUCUCUAUGGCGCUCAGCUGCGAUGGUAAGCUAUACUCGUGGGGCAAAGCUUACGAUGGUCGGCUUGGACAUGGACUGCUCGACAAAAAUAUUCAAUGUCUUAAUACGCCGAAGCAGAUAAGCGCUUUGCAGUCAAAAGUCAUUGUAGACGUAUCAGUAGGCGUUUGGCAUUGUCUGGCAAUGAGUAACAAAGGUGAAGUUUUUGGUUGGGGCCGAAACGAUUUCCAACAAGUCUGCCCUGCCUCCAUCUCAAAGGAGCCAAUACUGCGCGACCCAAUACUUGCCACCCAUCCCUCGGUGCAGGCGUUUGGCAUAGCCUGUGGCGCCGCACAAAGCAUAAUAUGGAGUCAGUCUUCGGUGCAGAGUGUGCCAAUGAAGAUACCGUUCGUCAUUGAUCUCAGCGAACACACUUUUCGACUGCUCGAUCAAUUGCUCGGCAUAGUGUGCGGCCAAGAUAGCAACUACCGUCAAACCCCCAAUCAAGAAUCGGAAUGCAUUGCCGUGGCUUGUUUGAAUCUGCUACGUUUACAGUUACAUGCGCUAAUAGUGAAUGCUGUUUCGCCUAAGUCGGUUGGCUUGUCGGAAGGAUCGCGCUUGCUCGUUAGCUUGAAAACGCGGAUAUUCGGCUUGGCGGGCGGCUCAAAUGUGCUGAAAACCAUGCAGGAAGCUGCGCAGUGGACACUACAGGUCGGCUGGAGCGUAUUGUUGCCCACCGCUUCGGAGCGCGCACAAACUCUAACUUCAUUGCUGCCCUCCGAGUCUGGUAUUUCCUCUUCGGGACAUCGUUUCAUGACGGAUUUGUUAGUCGGUUCUCUGAUGGCCGAGGGUGGCCUUGAGACUGCAUUGAAACAGGCUAUUCGCCUCGAAGCCAACGACUGCACCGACAACGGCCACAAUUUGCCUUUACUACACCUAAUCAGACAGUUGCUACGCAACAACUCAACCUUAACCCAAGCGCGUUUAACUCAACUAUUGCUGAAUGCUGGCAUAUCGAAGCCCGAGGAAGACUCGUUCUCUUCACUUUCCGCUACGCAGUCCACUAUGGCCGAACACACUAGUCCUAGUCUAGAUCUAUUGCACCGCUUUCAGCGUUUGCUCUUAUCACACAUACACCAAUCGAAAAAUGAAGACAUAAACGGCGCCGAGGCGCUGCUCAGCAAAUAUGUUCAGAGCGCAGUCUCAUUGUGCAUACUCUCGUUGCAGAAAGCUCAUGAAAUCGCGCUACAAGGUAAGGAGACUGUUGCGGAUAUUCUAAAAACGGAUAUAUCAGACACGCUGCUGUUCGAACUACUAAUCGGCCUGGUUAUAUUGAAACGCGAUCGAGCCAGUAUUUUGCCGGCUUUCGAGUGGACAAAGGUGUUCCUGCCACUGCUGCAUGCAUUGGACAACUUGAAUCGCAUCAUAUGCGACAGUGAAGUACAGGACUCGGACGACAUGGGCUGGCCGGGAAUUAUUUGUCGAGGCAAUCAGAAAGGCGCCAAUAUGCAGCCGAUGGACGAUGUAAAUUUAAUACGCAAAAACGAUUUUGAAAAUCAUAUACUCGAUGGCGGCAAAUGGAUCAUAUUGAACGGCUACGUCUGCGAUGUCAGUGAUUACCAAAAUGACAAUGCAGCUAUCAAAGAGCUGCUCUCGUCUGGUAUUGGCAAAGACCUCACCGUCGAAAUGAAUACGCCAAUCUAUCGCAACUGCUUGGAGCAUAUUUUGAGCAACUACAAAGUCGGACGGUAUGCCGUCAAUCUAACUGAGGAGAAACCCCACGUGCAGCAGAGCAAAGUAGUCACCCAUUUCAAUUCGGAGCGUGCGCUCGCUUACCUACUCGGUCUCGUUGUGAAUCUCCUCCAAACUGGUCCUGUUCAACAGCCAGCCGAGCUGCAGUGUAAGACCAUUGUUCGCUCCAGCAUACUCCGCGGCGGCUUACAGCUACUGCAACCGAGCAACCCAUUUGACGAAGAAAAGGGUGAGGCGCGUAGCAGCGCAAGUACUGCGGGCAGCACGCCUACCGAGCCGCCCAUACACAGUCUAGCCCUUUGUGGUGGCGUUGGCGUCGGCACAGCUGGCGGCGGUAGUGGCGUAGCAGUCGCACAUCCGGUGAUCAACAGCGUACAGCAGCGCAUUGAAAUCUUCAUUGCUGGUUUGAGUGAGGCGCGUUUGACAGACCCACUUGUCGUUACUUGGAUGACGCUUUCGGAAAAGUACUGCAAAGACAAUAAUUUAAUUUGGCAUCAAGAGUUCCCACCUGAGCAUCCGGUGCAGGAGCUAGAACGUUUGCUAACCGCAGUGCUUAUACGCCAUCAGAGCCUCGGAGGCCUGGUGUUGAAUGUGCUGGAGCGGGAAUUGAGCGGCGUGGCAGCAGCUAAGACACCCCGGCAAAUUGCCGAUAUGAUACGCCUCAUUUAUCAAACCAAGUGGUCAGUGGUGCGUAUACGACAGCAGUUGAAUCGCAGCUAUAAGGAGGUGUGCGCCCCCAUGCUGGAGCGUUUGCGUUUUUUGCUCUACGAAGUGCGUCCAGCGGUGAGUUUGGAGCAGGAGGCUCUCCGAAAAUUGCCCAUUUUACAUCGGCUGCCACGGUUCAAGCACGUCGUACGACGUAUUAUAGCAGAAAUGCGAAUGGCCAAGAAACAACUGGCCUGUGGUAAACCAGAAGACAUACUCAACGUGACCAUACAAAGUCAGAAUGUGGCGCAGAAGCUGCAUCAGUCGCACGAAUCAUUGCUGCAAGGCGACUGUGCUGGCUCCGAAAGCACUGACAAAGACUCGGCGAUUGGCACCAACGAUAAUGAUAGCAGUUCCUUGGCCAGCGCUACUGUGCUCAUCCCACCAUUACGAGGCAAUGCGUCCAACGAAAAUCUACUUGACGCUGGUGACAACAACGCCAUACUCAGCGAUCGCAAGGCGUCCAACGAAGAAAUUAAAUUACAGGCCAAUGAACUCGACUUUGACGAAGACAAAAAACCCGCGGAUGAUGAACCACGUGUCAAUAACGAUCUCUUACGUAAGUUGCGCGAGAAGUGGUACUUUUCCGGCGAGUUAAAUAUGCCCAUCAUGCACGAGAUCGUCGAAUUUGUGAUGCAAGAGGUGUGCGACGUAGAAACUGUGCGCCGGGCCAUGUACUGCCAGGUACAACGUUAUCAAAUACGACGUCAAGGACUGGAAAUGUUGCAUUCCAUGCUGCAAGUACAUGGUCUGUUCGAUGCCGUACAAUACAAUAUGCUGAACGGUUAUUUGGGUCUGCAUUUGAAGAGCAACAACAGCAAACAAGCAACACUGAACGUAAUGUAUGACCUUAACAUGAUAACGGCUUUCCAAAAGGCCGAUCUGCUGCUAGCGCAAUCACGCGUGCUCGAGUGGGCUGUGCUCGAACUGCAACGGCUGGUGAAUCAAGAGCUGAUACAGCUAAAGGGCAAAUACAAUGCUGGUAGUGGCAAGGAUACCUCUAAUCUGGGUACUUAUGUAUUUUUGAAAAAGCUACCGCGCGCACGUUUUCUACUCAGCAUAUUUGGGAUUCUGGCCAAGGACAUGAGCGCCAACGAAUUGAGUUUGAUUGUGAAUUCAGGCACACUGGGCACAGUACUUGGAUUACUUAGUCAGACCGGUGGUGAAAUGCCGGCGGUGAAGAACGCAUACGAUUUGUCGGUGGUGUAUGAAGACACGAUCUUAAAACAGAAGUCAAAUAAGGCCAACUUGACUGGGCCUGAGCUGGCUAAAUUGAUGAAGAUUGGAACGCGCAUUGUACGCGGCGCAGACUGGAAAUGGGGUGAUCAAGACGGCAAUCCGCCGGGUGAGGGACGCAUCAUUAGCGAAGUGGGCGAGGAUGGUUGGGUCCGCGUCGAAUGGUACACCGGCGCUACAAACUCCUACCGCAUGGGCAAAGAGGGUCAGUACGAUUUACGUUUAGCGGAAAGUGCUUUAAAUAUUAUCUCACCGGACACGGAAACUGAGAAGGAUGAACUCUGCUGUGACACUCAACUGAAUGGAGAAUCCCACCCAACUAAACUUUUGCGCUAUGCCUGCACUAAAACGCUGCAAAUCAUCUCAGUGGGCAUAGGAUUGCACAGCGCACAGAUGGACAAAAAUGCUGUGCGUUGUAUAUCCAGCAUGUUUCGUUCAAUACUCGAUCCCAAAUCGACACUGGGCAACAUUUAUGGCUUGGACAAUUGGACGACUUUGGGUUUCUUGAAAGCUAUUGCAGGUGAAUCUAAGUCCCUUGCCAAAUAUUUGUCUUCAACCACCUGGAUUGAAUUCUACAUCAGCUUACUCGAACAGCCAAUAACACGCGAGCAGGACCUUUUUCGCAACAUUCACUGCCUACGUUUGUUGCAGAGCAUACUUAUCCAUUGGACCGAUGAAGCACACAUGCAACGCAUGGCUAUGCUGGUGCGUCAAUUUUUCUCAACGCUGGGCAAGAUAACGCUUUACUGCCCACAUGACAUCUCGCUGCAACAAAACGUCGGCGAUUGCAAAACGCGCGUGCUCCUAACAGCCUCGCACUCGGGUACUAUAGCUGAAGAAAUCAUAACAUUGCUGCGCCGCUUGCACACACUACCCUACUGGAAUGCGGCGAUUAACUCGUUCCUCGCUCAGAAACUAUGCGUCGCGGCAGAGUUGUUCGGCGAAGAUGGCUUGGACUUGCAGCACCUGGAAAAUGAGUAUAUCUAUGUGAUGGGCGUGCUCUGUACAAUAGGUGGCUGUGAUAUACGUGUACGUGUGGGUCUACAGGUCUGCUCUGAGGGCAACACCGCCACCAUUUGUGGCUUUACCAAUAAAGGCAAGUGUUUACUUAGCACAGAUAGCCAAGCCUUGAGUGGCGAGUUUCGUAAGAUUUCGCUGAGCACAGCAUUUGAGUGCGCUGACUACUCAGUUUUUAGUCUCUCGCGUUUGCCUCUAAACGAAAUGCUGUUGAAUUCGUGGGCCGUGCUGCUCUUUGGUCCUGGCGAGCGCAAGGAAUGUGUGCCAAAUGGCGUGGACAUCAGUUUGUUACGCGGGCAGCAAAUACAACUCUCUGUGCUGAAUGCGAAUUGUGUAUUGUAUCGACAUCAAGCCGCUCUAAGGAAAAUACUCAAGCAACGUUCGCCCAGUUUGUGUGCUUACUCUUCCGAUGAGAGUUUAUCUGAGGAAGCCGCACCAGCUAACGCCAGCUGUGAUGGUAAAUCGAAUGCCGAAGGCGACGCUUGUGGCGAGACAGAUGCAAUAAAUGUUGCUGCUAAUAGUGACGAAUUGAGCGCUCAGCCAACAAUCAGUAACGCCGAGUUGCUCAUACAAAGUAUUUUAAUACGCGCGACGCAGCCAUCACCAAUUAAAGCCAUCUACAACUACGCAGAUUUGUCAACUGCAGCUCUUAAUUGUGCGCAAGUGCUUGCCGCUAAAGUGCACAAUGAAUUGAAUGAAGCUGCUUCGACAAGCGCUGCACGCUUUGUCGCACCAACGCCACCAAUGCAGCCGACGAUGAUACACGGCGUGCCCGUUUACAAUGUUGGACUUUUGGACGAAGCGUCGGGUAGCAGUCAGCCACAAGUGCCGAAGAACAACACGGAGGCUACGCCACUCAUUGCACAGAUCAUGGAAAUGGGUUUCUCUAAGAAGUCGGUGGAGUUGGCUGUGAAGCAAUUGACCAUUCACCCGGAGGUAAUACCAACACCAGAGCAAAUCGUUCAAUGGAUACUCGAACAUCCGGACGUUUGCGCAAACACCAUAGAUGCCACAGAUUAUCUGGAACCGCCGUUAGUUGGUGGAGGUGGCGCUGUCGGCGGCUCGUCGAGUGACACUUCACUGCAAUCGAAGCUGCAAACCCUGCAUGACCCCGAAGCUGACUCGGACAAUGAGAGUUUAGAUAGCAGUUCAGACACCGUAGAGGGCUCCUCUAUACAUGAACAACUGGUCAAGUUCGAGACGCGUAAAGACUUUCCUUCUGCGGAUCAGUAUGCACAGUACGUACGCGGGCUCGUCUGUCCCGGCAUGCUAGUGCGUUGCUGCCGUGACUUUGAGGAGAUCAAGAAAGGUGAUAUUGGCACAGUGCUUAAAGUGGACACGGAGGGUUUGCAUGAUCUUAACGUUCAGGUAGACUGGCAACUACAUGGUAACACGUACUGGGUUUGCUUCGUGCACAUUGAGCUGUUGGAAAUGCCACGAGAGAAGACGACAUGUGAGCGCUCAGCGCAGGUGGUUGUUGGCACGCAGGUGCGGUUACGCGCAAUCUCACGCUAUAAGUGGGGUUAUGUGUUGCGCGGAAGCGUAGGCACUGUGACAGCGGUGCGCGGUAAGGAUGUAACGGUCGAUUUCCCACAGCAUGCCGGUUGGAAAGGAACACUAAAUGACAUUGAAUUAGUGGGCGGCCAAGUAGGAGGACCUAGUGGUGGCCUAUUAGGGCUCAUCAGCGGCGCAGUGCCCACACCUAGCGACCUCAUUGAAGACUGGUCGCGUUGUAUACGUUCACUCACGGUGUCCUCUAAUGAAUCAACUGCCAAACAUCUCCUAGAUCGUAGUCCGUAUUGUUGGCAAAGUUCAUCGAGCAGUCAAACCAAACACUGGAUUCGUUUGGAGAUGCAUGAACAUGUGCUGGUACAUAGUCUCUCGAUAGUGGUCAGCCCGGGCGAUCACUCGCACCAGCCUUCUUUAGUAGUAGUACGCGUGGGCGAUAGCAUUGGCAACCUGAAAGACUAUUCGUGGAUCUCCAUCAAAAACACCGACACUACAGCAACACUAAUGAGUGACGUGCGCCAAUAUUACCCCUGGGUGGAAAUAGUCAUAAAACAGUGCCGCAACAACGGUAUUCAGUGCAAGGUGCAUGGCUUGAACAUCAUUGGACGCCGCAAGCAAACUGACCUCGAUCUGCUGCUGAUGAAUGCCUCAUUCUUGGCAUGUGAAUAUGAGCAAAUGAGCGACUCCAAUCCAUGUUUAUCCAGCGCUUACAGCAAUGCUGACCCCAAAUCAUCAUUGAUUUGUGAGUCGCCCUGUACCGUUAUGGUUUGGGGUCUUAAUGACAAGGAGCAGUUAGGCGGUCUCAAAGGUUCCAAAGUGAAAGUGCCAACCUUCUCUCAAACAAUCAGUCGAUUGCGUCCUAUCCAUAUUGCAGGUGGCUCUAAGUCUCUGUUUAUUGUUUCGCAGGAUGGCAAAGUAUACGCGUGUGGCGAGGGCACGAACGGUCGGCUCGGUUUGGGCAUUAGCGUAAAUGUGUCAGUGCCGCGCCAGGUUCCAGUACUACAUCAAUACGUAGUAAAGAAGGUGGCAGUUCAUUCAGGCGGCAAGCAUGCAAUGGCAUUAACGCUAGACGGUAAAGUUUUCUCUUGGGGCGAGGGCGAGGACGGCAAACUGGGACAUGGCAACCGCCUCACCAUGGACAAGCCGAAGCUUAUUGAAGCGCUGCGUGCAAAAAAGAUACGUGAUAUUGCCUGCGGCUCAUCGCACAGUGCGGCCAUCACCUCUGCUGGCGAGCUGUAUACUUGGGGUUUGGGCGAAUAUGGACGCCUUGGUCAUGGUGACAAUGCGACGCAACUGAAGCCGAAAUUAGUCGCGGCAUUGAGCGGCAAACGUGUUAUACAGGUGGCUUGCGGUAGCCGCGAUGCGCAAACACUGGCGCUAACGGAAGAAGGUGUGGUGUACUCAUGGGGCGAUGGCGAUUUUGGCAAGUUGGGCCGCGGCGGCUCGGAAGGUUCUUCGAUACCACACGAAAUCGAGCGUCUGACCGGCAUCGGUGUCAUUCAAAUUGAAUGUGGCGCACAAUUCAGUCUCGCGCUUACACGCACCGGCGAAGUAUGGACCUGGGGCAAGGGUGACUACUACCGUUUGGGUCACGGCAGCGAUCAACAUGUGCGCAAACCGCAACCGAUACAGGCACUGCGCGGCCGAAAGGUUAUACAUCUUGCGGUAGGCGCCUUGCAUUGCCUGGCCGUAACCGAUACCGGGCAAGUGUAUGCGUGGGGCGACAACGACCACGGCCAGCAAGGCUCUGGCAAUACCGUUGUAAAUAAGAAACCGGCGCUGGUCAUUGGUUUGGAUUCGGUGUUUGUCAAUCGCGUCGCUUGUGGCAGCUCGCACGCUGUCGCUUGGGGCUUGCCGCAAUCGCCAUCGGAAGACGAGAAGAAGGGCCCUGUGCCAUUUGCGACGUCAAAGGAUCCGCUUGGUGGCAGUAGCCUUGGCAUUUAUGACACUGAAUCCCAGUUGAGUACACCUACAACAACACCAAAUACAUCGAAACCAACGUCGAAAGUGAGCCUCAGCGAGACGUUGCUCUCGCUCGAGACGGAUGGCGCACGCCAAACUGCGCUUAAUUACGUGUUGAACGCCAUGAGCAUAUUGCAGGCUCGCCAGCUGAUUGUCGCCGCACUCACUAGUCAUAGCAAAGUGAAUCUGCAUGAAAAGACAACGAGCGAGUUCGACGUACAAGAAGGCAAUGCUACUUUGGGCAAAGAUACGACAACUGGUGCUUCGCGUAGCACACCACAUAGCACUCUAGGUGGGCAUAAUAGCCACAACAACAACGGUAAUAACGAAGUGAUUGCUCAGGGUGGUGGGGAGGCGCCAGCCGAUGCCACCGACCCGGCCGUACACGAACCCUCGCCAGAGGCGGAAAUUGUGCCCGCACCAGCCGGCCCAUUAAGCGCGUUCCAAAGCUUAACCGGCUCACUCUCGCUCUCAGCAUCCAUUUCCAGCAACGCACCACACAAACAUUCAAAAAUGUCAGCCAGUGCCAUGUCAGCACUAGCGGCAACAAUGACCAACCAAGAAGAAAUCAUUGAGGAGACUAGUCUUACCGGCUUGGAUGAUUUUACCUCAUUGUUGGGCGAAUCAGAGGCCAAGAGCUUAGUGGAAUUACUAAAAUUAAGUGUAGCUGGCCGCACCGGCCCACUCAGUACUUCGCAGACCAUUUCCGACACACUCAUCGCACUCGGCUCGAAUUCGCCUACAAUCGGCGCGAUGUUACUUGAGACUUGCAUCACAGAGCUUGAGGACUUAUGCACAUCUCGUUAUAGCUUGGGCAAAGUACCUAAACCAGUUAUGCGGGAGAGCAGCCAUCCAUAUGUAGACAACAUCACAAUAGUCGGUCAAGUGAAAAUUCCCGGAGCCGAGUCGCUGCGCAUAGAAUUCGAUAGCCAAUGCUCCACAGAAAAACGCAACGAUCCACUGGUCAUCAUGGAUACUUCGGGUCGCUUGGUUGCCGUUCGCUCCGGACGCGAAUAUGCACAGUGGGCUCCAGAAGUUCGUAUACUCGGUGAUGAAAUGCGUUGGAAAUUCACAUCGGACAGUUCGGUAAAUGGCUGGGGCUGGCGCUUUUGGGUGCACGGCAUAAUGCCAGCGACCGCAUUGCAUGAACGCGGCUCGGAUCGCGCGGUGCUCUCGCAGCCAUCAAUGCCACUGGUGAUGGCGCUGUUGAAUGAGCGCCUUGGGCCGCACAACACGAGCGUGCUGUUACGUUUGGCAGCCGCACUGGCUGCCUGCGCGCAACUUAAUUCGCUCACAACGACACAACGGAUUUGGUCAUUAAAACAGCUACAUACCGUGCUGCUUUCAAAGCAUACUCCGAAGCCAAUGGAUCCAGCGCUGAACAGUAUUUUGAUGCCACUAAUACCGGAACUCUUGCGACAGUAUGAGUACGAGGAGCCACAGGUACGUGGGGGUAUUCACCUCAUGCAUUCCGAUUACUUCAAAACUUUGGCAGCUCUCGCUUGCGACAUGCAGUUGGAUGCUGUACUACCGCCGGCUGACGUGCACAAAUGGUCAUGGUUCAAACGAUACUGCAUUGCGGUGCGCGUCGCACAGUCCCUAAUAAAGCGAACUGAAUUGCCACGUCCCUUCUGUAUGGAGGUACGCAAGAAGUUCGCCGAAAUGAUGCCAGCGCCACAACAAAGUCACUCUCCCGUCGGCGGCAGUGGCGGUUCGAUGAUGAACUCAACUACAUCGCUUUCAUCUGCCGGCAGCACGAACAGCAAUCCAACACCCCCUCCACCACCAUCUAGCUCUACGAUCGUAAACACAUUGACGCCCAGCACUAGCAACCUUAUACAAUACAUUGACUCAAUGAUGUCUCUCUCAUUACACGAGCCAAGCAACGUUGGCACCGGCGGCUGUUCCAGCCUGCCACCAUUGGCAUCUUCUACAGGCAACGAUAUGUUGCAGUUUCUACACGAGGACCACACCGUCUUCAAAGGAGCGCACGACAGCCAACUGCUACAAUGGCUCAAUCGACGACCAGACGACUGGGCUUUAUCUUGGGGUGGUGCAAGUACAAUAUACGGCUGGGGACACAAUCAUCGCGGCCAGCUGGGUGGACUCGAGGGCAGCCGCAUCAAGACCCCAACCCCGUGUGAGGCGCUUAGUUUACUGCGUCCUGUGCAACUAGCGGGCGGCGAGCAAACGCUUUUUGCAGUCACUCCCGAUGGCAAGUGCUUCGCUACCGGUUACGGCUCGGGUGGUCGACUUGGCGUGGGCGGCACAGACUCCUGGGCUAUACCAACAUUGAUUGGUUCACUGCAACAUGUAUUUGUCAAGAAAGUAGCUGUAAACUCAGGCGGCAAACACUGUCUGGCGUUAACGACUGAAGGUGAGGUGUAUUCAUGGGGCGAGGGCGAGGAUGGCAAACUAGGCCAUGGCAAUCGGAUGAGCUACGAUCGCCCGAAGUUGAUCGAAGAUCUCACAGGCAUCGGCAUAGUAGACAUAGCUUGCGGUAGCGCGCAUUCAGCGGCCAUUACUUCGUCGGGUCAUGUGCUUACCUGGGGUAAAGGGCGUUACGGCCGACUUGGUCAUGGGGACUCUGAGGAUCAAUUGCGUCCUAAACUGGUGGAGGCGCUGCUAGGCUAUCGGGCCAUUGAUGUUGCUUGCGGCUCAGGGGACGCGCAAACACUUUGUAUCACCGACGACGACAACGUUUGGAGCUGGGGUGACGGUGAUUAUGGCAAAUUGGGUCGCGGCGGCUCAGAUGGUUGUAAACUACCCUACAAAAUCGAAAGUCUCGCUGGCCUAGGAGUAGUAAAAGUGGAAUGCGGCUCACAGUUUUCGGUAGCACUUACCAAAUCCGGCGCAGUCUACACCUGGGGCAAGGGAGAUUUUCAUCGUCUCGGACACGGCACCGUGGAUCAUGUGCGUCGGCCAAAGAAGGUGGCGGCAUUGCAAGGCAAAAAGAUCGUUUCAAUUGCCACUGGCUCACUGCAUUGUGUAGCCUGUACCGAUGCAGGCGAAGUGUACACGUGGGGAGAUAACGACGAAGGUCAGUUGGGCGAUGGUACUGUGAGCGCAAUACAACGUCCACGUCUGGUGGCUGCACUGCAGAACAAACACAUCGUUAAAGUGACUUGCGGCUCGGCGCACACUAUUGCCAUGUCUACAUCGCAACUUACAGAUCGCAUGCGCCCACCACCCAAUCCGCCGCUAGAGUAUGAUUUAGUACGCGAAAUGCCGCCGGAGGCAUUACAUGCGCGUCUUGUACUGCUGCAUCACUUCUCGGAGCUACUUUGUCCCUGCCUGGCUAUGCUGCCAAUCAUAGGUGAACUUAGCUUGGGUGCACUGAAAGACGUGCUUGUGUAUACGAUCAAAGAAGCCGCUUUCCGCAAAGUCAUACAAACAACUAUGGUACGCGAUAAACAACACGGGCCGGUGAUUGAGCUAAAUCGCAUACAGGUAAAGCGAUCACGCAAUAAAUCAGGCAACGGUCUAGCCGGCAUCGACGGAAUGAAGAGUGUCUUUGGGCAGAUGGUGCAAAAGUUGCCGCUGCUCACGCAAGAGGCUCUUUCGCUUCCGCAUCGCGUAUGGAAGGUGAAGUUUGUGGGCGAGAGCGUAGACGAUUGCGGCGGUGGCUACAGUGAAUCGAUAGCAGAAAUGUGUGACGAACUGCAAAACGGCAGUGUACCUCUGCUAAUCACAACACCCAACGGGCGUGGCGAGGCGGGAGCCAAUCGCGAUUGUUUCCUGCUCGACCCAACGCUCAGCUCUGUGUUACAGAUGAACAUGUUCCGAUUUUUAGGCGUGCUAAUGGGCAUAGCGGUACGCACUGGCUCGCCAUUGAGUUUGAAUUUGGCUGAGACCGUUUGGCGACAAUUGGCCGGCGAACAGCUUCGUCCUUCUGAUCUCACUGAAGUCGAUCGCGACUACGUCGCCGGAUUGCUUUGUAUACGCAAUAUGGACGAGGAUCCCAAGGUGUUCAGCACAUUGGAACUACCCUUCUCCACUUCCUCGGCCAAAGGACAUGAGGUGCCCUUAUCGACGCGCUACAUGCGCAUCUCGCCACAGAAUCGCCACGAAUAUGUGCGUCUUGCUUUGAAUUUCCGUCUGCAUGAGUUCGAUGAGCAGGUGAAAGCUGUGCGUGACGGCAUGUCCAAAGUGAUACCAGUACCGCUGCUAUCACUCUUCUCAGCACCUGAAUUGCAAGCGAUGGUUUGUGGCUCGCCUGACAUACCUCUGGGCCUGCUGAAAUCGGUUGCCACUUACAAAGGUUUUGACCCGAAUUCCGCUUUGGUAACAUGGUUCUGGGAAGUCAUGGAAGAGUUCUCCAACCAGGAACGUUCCCUUUUUUUACGAUUUGUCUGGGGUCGUACUCGUCUACCACGUACGAUUGCCGAUUUCCGUGGACGCGACUUUGUACUGCAAGUACUGGACAAGAGUCCUCCCGACAAUUUUCUACCGGAAAGUUAUACCUGCUUCUUCUUGCUGAAAAUGCCACGCUACUCCUGCAAGGCUGUUCUGCUGGAGAAGCUCAAAUAUGCCAUACAUUUCUGCAAGAGCAUCGAUACGGACGAGUAUGCACGCGUUGCCAUGGGUGAUCCCACCGAAGCGACGGGCAGCGAGGACGACAGCGAUUUGGAAUCGGCUGCGAGUAAUGAGGCCUAAAUCAAAAUCAACUCUUAGUGGAAUGUGGAUAUGAUUUCACAAUAAAACAAAUUAAAUAUAAAAUACGUGCAUAUAUAUUUGAAAAAUAAUCAGCAAAAUAUUCAUACAUACAAGUAGAUAUAUAAAUUUGGUGGAUGAAUUUGUAGUCUGUAGUAGCAGCGAACGUAGUUUGCACCAUACAAACCCACACGACCCCACGGAAGCGAAGCAAACAAAGGAAACGGACAAGAAAAAGAAAAAUGUAUUUAUAAAAGGCCUCAAAGGUAUUUUAAAGCAAGAGAAAUUUCCGAAAUUAACUGGAUUAUACAAUGUUUUAACAGCAUUGGCAGCAUGGCAUAAUGUUGCCACAGCCAUAAAAAGUAAAUUAAUUUGAGCAAGCCAAAAUUCCAAAAACAAAAUAGUAUUAAAAAUUCAAAUUUUAUUCAAAAACAAACUGUUGGCGAAUCGGUUGGCUAGUGAGUCAACCGUUUAUGUUGCUGACAACUGCCGACAAUGCGGUACGCAUGCAACGGCGACAAACACUGCAAGAAAAAAUUAGCUUAUUUACACACAAAUACACAUUUCGCCACAUUUAGACAUUAAUUUACCGUUUUGCGUAAUUCCACUAUUUUUUUUUUCUUUUUUUUUUUGUAUUCAAUGAAUUUAUUGUGUAUUAAUUUUUUGUGAAUUUCCAUAUAAACCAAAAACAAAAUAACCAGAAUAAUAACAAAUGUUUAUAAACUGGUAUUUAUGCUAAUCUUUACAAAUGAAUUUUUAACCAAGAAAUCGAAUAAACAAAUAAUUUUAUAAAUUUCUAUUUACUUAAAAAAAAAUGUAUUGAUUUUAGUAGAAAAAGAAAGCUAAGAAAUGAGAAAUGAAAUGUAAGAAAAAAAUCGAGCAAUGUUAUUUUACGCCGUAAAAGAGUAAAUAUUUCCGAUUGUUUGGUAAAUUUUAGUGAUUUAGAAAUUAGUUAUAGCUAAGCGCUUAGCGCUUACACCAAAAAUGCAUGAAAACAUAAUUUAGCAGCAGCAGCAAUGUAACUGUUUUUAUUUAGUAAACGCUUUUCACUUCAUUUUUCA